CUCCCGCCCCCAAGGGCGGGCCCUGGCGGCUCUGACUCUUUGGAACUUAGGAAAAAGGGCGAGGCACGUGGGUGAGAGGAAAAACCCGACAAAUGUUUGGCGUAUCAUGCACUGUCAGCAACUGGUUUUAAAGCCUGGACUCCAAAUCCGCUCUAGCGCAGUACCAGACCGGGUUUUUUCUAGCGCUCUAGGACGGGGAAGAGCCCUAGCCCGCCUGUGUGUAAGACCGGGCGCGGGGCGGGAGGCGUGCCCGCGUGCUCGGCCCCGAUUGGCCGCUGGGAGCAGCGCGGGGUUUGGCGGGAGCUUCAGGAGCUGCGCGGGCGCAGGGAGCUGUGGGCCGUGAUGGCCCAGCCGGGACGAGUAACGCGCUCAGGUGCAAGAUAUUCAGAGAACACUGUAGGAAGAACACAGUCCAUGAAAGAUAAACCUGGCCGAAAGCACAAGCCUACUGAUGUAUUUGAUUUUCCUGAUAAUUCUGAUAUCUCAAGCAUCAGCAGACUGGGCGAAAAUGAGAAAGAUGAAGAACCCUAUGAAACCUUUGACCCUCCUUUACACAGCACUGCAAUCUAUGCUGACGAAGAAGAAUUCUCCAGACACGUCGGGCCAUCUCUCCCCUCAACGCCUCAAGGAAAAGAAGCGAGAAGCAGUUCAGACACGUCUGAAAUUGAAGAAAGUGAAAAUGAGUCUGUGAAAAUUAGUGCAAAGAAGCCAGGAAGAAAACUUAAGCCCAUUAGUGAUGAAUCUGAAAGCACUGAAGAAAGUGAUGUAAGAAGAAAAAUUAAACCAGCAGAGAAUAUAAGCACACAACAGCAUGAAGCUGUUGCAGCAACGGCAUCUUCAGAACUUUCCGAGAAACCAGCUGAAUCAGUUCCUCCUAAAAAGACAGCACCCCUGAAUGAUGAGUCCUCUGUUGAAAAAGAGAUUCUGAAAACUCAGAGAAAGGAGAAGAUGUCUCAUGGCAAAAGGAAGAAAUCAAGAAAUGAAGCCAAAGACUUGGAUACUUCUGACUGUGUACCUAUUUGGUGUUUAAAAGAAAAGAAAACCAGUGACAUCGUGGACUUAGAUGUUGUUUUGUCUGCAUUUGAGAACAUCAUCCUAGAGUAUAAACAAAAAAUAGAUUCUAGAAUUUGUAAGGAAGCUAUCAACAAAUUUCAUUCUAAUUUGAAAGAACAACUCAUCAAAAUGCUUAAAGAAGUCCAGAUGCUGCAAACUCUCAAAAGGAAGAAGGCUAAGAUGAUUUCAGAUAUCGAAAAGAAACGGCAGCGUUUGAUUGAAGUCCAGGAUGAACUGCUUCGGUUAGAACCAGAGCUGCAACAACUACAAAUAAAGUAUGAUGAACUUAAGGAGAGAAAAUCUUCCCUUAAGAAUGCAGCAUAUUUCUUGUCCAAUUUAAAACAGCUUCAUCAAGAUUAUUCAGAUAUUCAAGAGAAAGAACCAAAUGCAAAGGAAAUGUAUGAUUCAUCUAGCCUUCCAGCUCUGCUAUUCAAAGCAAGACCUCUUUUGGGAACUGAAAACCAUCUGCAAAAUAGCAACUAUCAAUUGGAAAAGCUCCUUGACCAGAAAUGAACCAGUUUACUAAAGUGUACACAUACAAAGAUUAGUCUCAAGCUACUGCCUGUUACCUUCUGAAACUGUACUUUUUAAUUAAUAACCAAAAAGGGAGAUAAUGGAUUUUUCCAACGUAUUUUUCCACAAAGAAAAUUGGGAGGAAAAAAACCUAAAUUUUCAGUUGAAAAUUUUUUUAUUGUUAUAGCAAUAUUCUCAGAUACAUUAAAAAAUAAACUUGUCUCAUUGGUCAAGCUGGCUGUAUGGUUUCACCACCAAAAUUUAAUUUUACUUUGUCACUCUCACAGAGGAACAGAUCAGUGAUUGCCAAGGGGGAGUAGGGGACGGAUGAACUGGGAAUAGCAAAUGUAAACAAUUAUAUACAGAAGGGAUAAACAGUAAGGUCUUGCUGAUCUGUAACAAGCCGUAAUGGAAAAGAAUAUGAAAAAAUAUAUCACUCAGUCACUUUGCAGUAUACCAGAAACAUUAUAAAUCAUUUAUACUUCAAUGAAAAAAAUGUUACUAAAAAUUAGGACAGUUAGUUUUAGAGGUCCUAAUUUUCUGGUUAAUAUCAAGUAAUGAGUUAAAAUGUUGAUACCUAAUCAGCCCAAGACAUACACAUGUUUUACCCUACA